AUGAGAUCAGUGAUGCAGCUGCUGCUCCUGACGCUGCUUUUGGCCAUGCCGACGCUGGGCCGCAAGGUAAAGCGGAAGGAGGGACACUACCACCUGAACGUGCCCCCACCGCCUCCGCCUCCAUCACACCAGGGUCAGGGGCCAGUACCUCAGCAGACGGCAGUCAUCGAGCACGAGGUACCGCCUUACACCUUUGAGGCCAUCAACCACGACGAGUUCGAGGCGGCCAAGGCCAAGCUCCCACACUACGAGCACUCCGACUACAUAGUUCACACCCUGCACAGCAGUGCCGGAGGCGCAGGAGGUGGAACUGGGGGCUAUUUAGCCGACAAUGGACUGCGUAGCAUUGCCAAGGGAUCGGCGGACCAGGCCCUGUCCGCAGUGGCCAGCCAGAACGCAGCCGGCAAGCAGGCUUCCUAUGUGGCCAAAAGCACUCUGGCCCAGGCUGCGGCCCAGGCAGCCGGCACAGCCGUGGCUGUGCUCAAGGGAAAGGAGGUGUUGCUCCGCCGCCUGGAGGAUCAGAGCGUGGAGGCCCACAAGGCGAUGGAGAACGAGCUUACCCAGCUGCAGCAGGCCAAGAGAUCGGCGAAGGCCGCCCAGUAUGCGGCCCAGCAGGCCAUCAAUCAUGUCAGUGUCCUGACUGCCGCCCUGAAUAAUGCUCAAUCCGCAUCGGAACUGGCUCAGAAGGCUGCUUCCGAGGCGGCUGCUGAGCUGGCCUCACAGAUCGAUAUGGUGGCCCAGGCCAAGUCCAAGCUGGAGCACGCCGAGUCCCAUGCGUACGCGGCUCGCCUGGACUAUGAGGAAACCCGCGAUGCGGCGGAGAAGGCUACUCUGUCGGCCCAGGAGGCGCAGCUGAAUGCCAACGAUGCGGCCAUCCAUGCAAACGUGGAACUCAGUGAGUCGGUUCACAUCCACGACAAGAGCGACCGGCAUGCGGGCGAGCCCCCGAGGAAUCACCGACGUCCAUAAUGGAGCCCUGCAUUCCUUCUUAUCCCUAUUUAUUUUUAAUCCUUUGGUUUAGAGUUUAAGCCGUUGUUAAUGUUAAUAUCUAAGAAUAUAUAUAAAUGCA